CGACUUCUUCGGUCUUGCAACAAGGAACAAGGAAGUUCCGGGUGGGAUUUGCGAUACCCACCACCUUGCAAGCUGCUCAAACUGUUGAUUUUCGUCGGCCUCCGUUAUAGCCUAUGCCUGACACGCUGUGCAAAAUGCGUGUAUCUCAGAUAAUAAGUGCUCCACAGAUCAAGGCUGUAUGCACCAGUGCAGCUGGUGACCUGGACGGCUUCAAAGCACAUGCUGUCUUCCAGGAGAUCAACAAGAAGCUACAAGAGGAUGGGGAGCAGUUUGUGAAGAAAAUCGGUGGGGUUUUUGCAUUCAAAGUCAAGGACGGACCAGAUGGUAAGGAGGCCACCUGGAUUGUGGACGUGAAAAAUGGCAACGGCUGCGUUCACAAUGACACAGCCAAGAAAGCUGACUGCACCAUUGCCAUGUCGGACGGCGACUUGUUGGCCCUCAUGACGGGGAAAAUGAAUCCUCAGACCGCUUUCUUCCAAGGCAAGCUGAAGAUCACAGGGAACAUGGGCCUGGCCAUGAAGCUCCAGAACCUGCAGCUGCAGCCAGGCAAAGCCAAGCUGUAAGGGGUGGAGGGCAGGGGGGAGGGGGGCUCACAGCCCUCCAUCCCACUCCACACACCCACAGCCCACAACCCUCCGUAGACUGGGCCGCAGAGAUUCACCGACGUGGAUGAGACCAGGCAAGACCAGACUCUGGCUUCAUUUAUACGAAUUUGGGAGUGACGGGAGAGAAAUUGGAGACAACAAAGGAAGGACGUGUCCUCUUAUUUCUGCUCCUUUCACUUUUCUGCUGUUUGUUUUUUUGUUUUUUCCUAACAAGGUAACAACACUCUAGAUUGGUAGAGACUCUAGGUGUGCACCAGGGCAUACUUUUUUUAAUAUUAAUGCAACUUGAUCGAUUAGUGACUGAAACGUUUCUGUUAAAAAAAGAGCGGAAAUAAAGAGGGGCAUCAUUUUAUUUCCUUUAUGUGAAAAUAUCCUGUACAUGUUACUCUACCUGAGUGAUUCCACACGUCCCUGUGUGUGUGUGUGAGAGACUGUGUGUGUGUGUGUGUCUACUCUCACUCUUGUGACAACUGAGAAAGCCGUCAAGUGUUUGCAGUACACUCCAGAUUCAAACAACUCUGUGUUGACAUGUUGCGAUCGCCUUGAAAAGAGAGAAAACAUUCUUCCUUAAACAUUGAUACUGUCUAAGGGCUGUAUUUGAAGAUGAUGUCAAAAGAAAUGAAACCACUACGCAUUGUAUAUAUUGUUUGAGUACUUUCUUUAAUUAUUCAGCUGGAUUCUCAGCUGUACUGUACCCAUGUCAGUGGUUUCAGACUCAUGUUGUCACUUUUGCUCUUGUUACAGUUGUGCACACUCUACAGAUACCCUUGACUUUGGCCACUUUUAAGAAUUUUCUUAAUAAUUGCCCAGUGGAUGUUAGAUUUUAUACUAAAUAAACCUUGAGUAUGAUUGAA